AUGUCUGGCGACACAUCCCUGGAAGAGGAUGGGCAGAGAAGAAGGGCGUCAUGGUUUGAAACGAUAUUUGCACUGCGGCGGAACGCAGCGAUGUUCUUCCCUUCAGAACUACAGAGCAAGCCGAGAGGAAACCCAGACGAUGAUCCCAAUUUUAAUGUCAGUCGCACGCUCGCGCUGAGUAAACUUGAGAGGGAAUGGCGGCUCGACAAGGAACGGCUGCUCGACGAGGGUGGGGGUCUACGAGAUGAUGAGAGAGGCGUCACUGGCGCACCCCGCCUUGGUCGCCGUACCCUGCUCGGGCCCACGAUGACAUCUCAGACCUCCCCUCCGUACACUCGCAAGCCUGAGAGAGGCGAUGCUCCCCGGACCAGGAGCGGCCUGGAGCGACUCGCGCGCCGGAGUAGUUCGAGCAGGGGGAACGCCCCUCUUUCAGGCUCUCCGCUGAGCACUCCGUCCCCCGCCGUCCCGUCAUCUCCGUCCGCAAUCGCAGUCCUCCAGGGCGGGGCGGGGCGCCUCGGCGUCGGGUCUUCCGAUAAAGCGCAGGGGAUUAAGAUUUACUUAACGACAAAUACCACACUUGUAUUUAAACCGGCUUACCACGCUUCCCGCGCGUGGCCCAGCGUUUGGAGGACAAACGCGAAUUGCGCUCCAUCCCUCCACCGAAAAUCGUGA